UGGCGAGACCGACGAGGACGCCCGUGACGCAGCACCAUCGAAAAGAGGAGGAAGUCUCUUAUCCUCAUCGACGAACAGUAUGGCCUGAGCUUUUUUGUUUUGUCGAGUUAUUAUUUUUUCACUGACAAUGAAUGAUGUAGAUAGAUUCAAAUUUGAACUUGAUCUACAGGAGUGAGGAUGUUGUUACAGGCCCUUAUUAUAUUGUUCUAAUCAGCAUAAAGAGUCGUCAAGUGGACGUGGGGCGUCGUCGAAUAGAGGAAGCGGGAGCUCGUCCGGUGCGAGGAAGAGCAUUUUUGAGUGGGUAAUUAAGCAAAGUUCGGCCGGCGGGACGACAAAAACGACACGGAAAACCAUUGUAGACACUAUGAUGCCGACCGCGUGGACGAGUAAUCAGAGCAAAGAUAAUGAUCCACCUCAGCAGAACCAGAACAAAGGUACUGAUGCAAAAAGAGACGAGCAUCAGCAACAAGGUAGUGGCGGUGGUGGAACCGUUAGCAUUAUUAGCAGCGGAGGAUCGUCGGCAUCAACGAGUAAAGAACGAGCGGACUCUCACGGAGAUCAACAGACUGAAAGAGAAAAUUUCCUACCAAAAGUAGAAUCGGGGAACAAGCCAGCGACUACUAGUACAACUAAUGAGCAGGCAGAGACGGGUACUAGUGGUGCAGGUAUUCUGGCUCGAAGCGAUCAGGACGAGAAGGACUUGCCUGGCACGCUUCUUGGAGAAGAAACCACGACAGGAAUAAAGUCUCGAGGCGAGGAGGCAGGUGGCGGUGCGAGUGUUAGCCCUGUAGUGACGCGUCCAGGCCCAUCCUCUUCGAAUUCAAUACGGCGCGGCGCAUCGAUUGAGAGUUGCGUUUCUCGUGCCUCGACACGGAAAUCGUCCUCACGGAAAAGUCGGCGGGGCUCGGGAGAUAGAAGGAACUCACGUGACAAGCGCCGUGACUCUGAUCAUUAUGAGAAGUGUUUGACGUGGAAUUCGCACAUCAUCAACAACUUUCAUGAGGUUGAGGAGAGAAAAAAUAGCGAGAUAUAAAUUGGAACAUAUAAUAUUUCAUAUAGGACUACAAGAACAGGCUUGAAGUUCAUCGACGUAGUCUAGACAACGAAGAUGGACUGCAGCGUGCUACGUGUUUCUCUAUUCAGCGGUCAUACAUUGUCUUCAUUUGGCGUCUCAGAGUGGCAACAGAUUAGUGUCGCAGAUCGGAGCUGUAGUGGUCAAUGUCGGGAAAGCUGCGAUCCGGCGCGGGAGCUCGAUGGUGUCCAUGGCGGGGCAAGACGAUGAAGAACUGCUUGGACGAAACAUAGUAGUGGAUAAAGGCACGCUUCGGCGAGCGCGUUCCACAGAUAUGCUGGAUGGCGGAGUCACUAGCAGUUUAGGUCUCGGCAGUAUUAAAGCUGGACGACGAUCGGGCGGCGCGCCACGCGCGAGCGCGCUCGCAGCCAUGGCUUCGGGUGGACCAAUACCC